AUGUCUCGCGUUCAGCCCCUUAACACCACCAACGAUCUCCAGAACUUCGUCAAUUCCAAACCCUUCGUGGUUCUCAAGGCCUCCAUGGCUAGGUACGAAGGGGACGCCACAGACCGCAACAUAUUCAACAGCGUGUCCAAUGAGUACCCGGUCCUCUCCUUCGCCGAGAUCGAUCUCGAGAGCGCCAGACAGUUUGUUGGUUUCAGCGGCGGGGUCCCCGCCCCCGGGUCCAUUCUGCUCUUCCGGAACAAUCAGCUCGAUGAGGUGCAUCCCAUGAGCUCGAGGUGGAAGGACUUCCUUGACGAGUUCUCCCAGUAUGCCUACAACUCGCGCGGCUCUCACGGCUCCCGAAGCGCCUUUGCUGCCCUCGAGGCUCCUAGCCCCCAAAGCGACUACGUCACCCAGGGAGCCCACAACCCCCAGGACUCCUACGAGUCCCGAAGCGUCUACAACCCUCAAGCUGGCCAUGGUCCUCGAUCUACGUACAGCUCCCACGAAUCUCGUGCUCCCUCUAGCACAUAUAGCUCCCAUCAAUCUCGUGCUCCGCCGAGCGCCUAUAGCUCGCGGAGCAGCUACAACUCUCAGGAAGGCUACAGCCCCCGAAGCGAAUACGGUCCCCGUGCCAUUGGCUACUAG